AUGGGACCCCCGGGCAAUAGGGGAUCAUGGGGCCCAUGUGUCCUUGCCCAAACUUAAAAAAGCCUAUGAAAAAGGUACCAGGGGCACCUCAUGGGGCCCCCUACUGACCCUGGGCCCUCGCGCAGCGUCCUAUUUUCCAUAUGGUCAGUCCACCCCCGGGUAUAGGUCAUCCCAAAUAUAACCACAACCAGGGGCGGACUGACAACUCAUGGGGCCCCUGGGCAAUAGGGGAUCAUGGGGCCCCUGUGUGCUUGCCCAAACUCAAAAAGCCUAUGAAAAAGGUACCAGGGGCAUCUCAUGGGGCCCCCUACUGACCCCGGGCCCUCGGGCAGUGCCCGAGUUUCCAAAUGGUCAGUCCGCCCCUGCCCACAACAGUAAAAUCAGUCUGUUUAUGCAGUAAAGC